CGCCACCUGGAAAUUUUGGCGCGCCAUUCUGGUGGCCAUGGCCGAGUCCAGACCAUCAUGUCACGGUGGUACGGUGGGCCAAAUCAUGGCUGCAAUGGUUGAGGCGGCGUUUCCGCACGCACCCGGCUGAGCUGCUUUUUGGAAAGCAAGACGGGUGCUCUUCCAUUUCCUCACUGCGGGGCAGCUGAUCUGGUCGAAAGUGGGUGGGGCCGGCUGCCAGGAAGGUCAACAACCUCCGGGAGGGGUGCUCGACGUUCCUGAAGGGGCAGAAUUGACACCGGCAAGCCUGGUCUAUAUGGGCAAAUAUGAUCCGCGUGACGAGCAACAGCGUCCUGGUGGUCCCCCCUUUCGAAUGCGCGUGGCUGUGCGAGGAGCUGCGGUUCAAGCAGCCGGGGGAGGGGUGCGUCACAUUUGAGGCGCGGGCCGACAACGACGUGACGGUGGUGUUCAAGGAGGAGAGCGGGUCGCGGCACUACCGCACGGACAGCGGGCGGCACUACACGGUGGUGCUGGGCAGCCACCGCAACAAGCGGAUGCGCAUUGAGGUGGAUGGGCAGCCUGUGGUGGAUGUGCCAGGGACGGCGGUCAGCAGCACGCAGUUUGAGCGCUACUGGAUCGACAUUCGGCAGGGGGUGAUCACGGUGGGCAAGGGGGACCCUGGGCAGGCCGUGGUGUACCAGUGGACGGAUGCGCAGCCCAACUGCGGGGUGCAGUAUGUAGGGCUGAGCUCUUGGGACAAGUUUGUGGGCUACAGAAACAUCCGAGUUUUGCCCACGCUGCAUUCAGUGAGCGCACCUUCCGCCGAUCAAUCUAUCCGCUUCCCCCUAGCCCAGUCCGGAUUUGGGCAGUUCCUCAACAACAAUGAUCUCGCGGACGUGCAUUUUACCGUGGGUUCCGCCGGCACCAUCGUGCAUGCCCACAGAGUAAUCCUUGCCGGCUGCUGCCCCGCAUAUGCUCAACAGUUGGAGGCAGUGGGGCCAGAGGGAGCGAUCGCCCUCCCAGCUGCCAAGGCUGAGGACCUGAUCCAUCUCCUCAAGUAUGUCUACCUGGGAGCCGUCACGGUCCAGAAGGGCCAGCUCAGCCGACUGGAGGACCUGGGAGCCACCUUCGGGCUGACUGCCCUGCAGGAGCGCAUUGCCACUGCGCAAGAGGCCCCCGAAAGUGACAAGGUGGAGCUGCGGCACGGAGAGCGUGCAGGAUGCCAUGCUGCAGAGGAUGCCAUGCUGGCGCCCCUCCCGCUGAUGACGGACCGCCUGCUCUCAUUUCUGGACACCGGGCAGUGGGCGGACGUGGCGCUGUGCGUGGCCGGGCAAGGGGAGGUGGUGCGCGCACACCGGGUCGUCCUGAGCGCCUGGAGUGCACCAAUGUGCCGGAUGUUCACCAAUGGGAUGCAGGAGAGUCGCACGCUGGCGGUCACCAUCCACGACACGUCCGCAGCGGCGCUGCAGGCGCUGGUGCGCUUCAUGUACUGCGGCCGCCUGGCACUGCCGGGGGAGGACAGCGAGGGCAGCCUGCUGCUGCCGUUGCUCGUCCUGGCAGACCGCUACCAGGUGCGCGCCCUGCGGGGCGCGGCCGCCGCGCGCAUCCUCGAGCUGGCCAACCAGGACUCGGCGUGCGCCAUCCUGCAGGUGGCUGCGGCCCUGCCUGGGUGCGAGGCGCUGCAGCGCGCGUGCGAGGAGACGUGCGCCACCUGCCUGGAGUACCUCAUCAGCCCGCCCUCGCCCGAGUUCCUCGAGCUGGACUACGCCAGUGUAGCCGCCAUCCUGCAGCACCCCCAGCUGAGCUUGACCUCGGAGGAGCGUGUCUUGGACGCGGUGCUGCUGUGGGGUGCUCGUGGCAGCGGCCUUGCCACCUGGCAGGCCGUGGCCGCCGCGGUGCGGGACAGCGGGGCCGGCGCCGUGUUCCGCGAGCGCUUUGACGCCGUGGAGCAGCUGCUGCCCCUGGUGCACUUCCCCAUCAUGGCGCCCGCCGUGCUGCAGCAGCUGUGGCCCGCCUCCCUGGUGGCGGCGCUGCCGUGCCUACAGGAGCUGGUCCGGGAGGCGCUGCAGUACCAGGGCCUCGACCAGGACGUCUCCGCACAACACAGGCGGAGUUACCAGGCGCUGGACGUGGACAUGGCGUCCCGUGCGGUGAAGCCGCAGCACGGCAACCUGCGCUUCCAGCGGCGCCUCUACUCGUACAAGGAGCUGCUGUACAUCUGCGACGGCGACACGCACGGCGUGUGCCACUUCGCGGGCACCUCGUACGGGCAGCACCCCUGGAUGAACCCCGUCGUCGCGCGCCGCCUCACCGUCACCCCCUCCAGCCCGCCCUCCCGCUACACCGACGGCAAGCUCAUCGUCAGCCGCAACUACACGUGCACGUCGUACGCGGGUCCGUGCUACGAGGACGGCCACCUCACCGCCUGGUGGAAGAUCGAUCUGGGGGAGGAGCAUCAGCUCAUGUGCAAUUACUACACGCUGCGGCAAGACGGGUCGGCAAACUUUCUGCGAACGUGGAAACUCCAGGGGUCCCUGGACGGCGGCACCUGGACGGACCUGCGUGUGCACAGCGACGAGGCGACCCUGUCCAGCCCGGGGCAGUACGGGUCGUGGCCCAUCUCGGGGCCCACCGCCGCGCUGCCCUUCCGCAUGUUCCGGGUCCUGCUCACGGGCCCUUCCACGAGCAAGUCGAAGCCGUGGAACCUGUGCUUAUGCUACGUUGAACUCUAUGGGUACUUCCGCUAGCACUGGCUCGAGAUUGAGACAGGUGGAGCCUGAAGCGUUAGUUUCUUUUCUUGCGCGCUCUCGGGAACGGGCCUGCUGUUCUGGAAGAAGCAAGUCUCUCGCAAGCUGACAUGUACGGUGAUUAAUCAGGUUUCGGUCAUUGAGAAAUGAUUCUUUUGGGAGUCUGGGAUGAAAACCAAAUGAAGGCGUUAAGAGAACUGGUAUAUGUAUAAUUGGAUAGAACAUGCUGGAUCACAUGUCAAAUGUUGAAAUAUGUUAAGGUAGUCGGAGUUCUUAAACUUAGGAGCUUUUGUAGUUGCGGUUUGUGCAGGACGAGCUAUAUGUCGAAAUUGAAUUGCGAGGGGGUGACAAAUGGAAUGACACUUGAUUUACUUAUUAGCCAUUUUCGCGAUGUGCAU